AUGAAGCAACAGCACUACACCUACAUCGAGGACUUGGCUCGUAGCGUGGAGCAAAGCAGACGUCUGAUCAUCGUUUUGACUCCAGAGUUUGUUGCCAAAAGAGGGUGGAGCAUCUUUCAGAUAGAGACACGCCUCCACUCCAUGCUGGUUACCGGGGAGAUCAAGGUGAUCAUGAUUGAGUGUGCAGACCUGAAGAAUGUCAUCAACUACCAAGAGGUGGAAGCACUUAAACACACGAUCAAGGUUUUAUCCAUCAUCAAGUGGAGGGGUCCUAAGAGCAAUGAGCUGUCAUCUCAGUUUUGGAAAUAGGUGUUCUUUUACUUCAUUAA